AUGAAUGUUACCGAUCUCUUUUCCGUGCAAGGCCGUGUGGCCGUGGUGACAGGUGGCAGCAGUGGAAUCGGCCUGAUGAUCUGUCAGGCUCUUGUGAGAAACGGCGUCAAGGUAUAUCUGGUCGCAUUGGCCAGUGAUCCGAUCGAAGAGACGGUUCGUGAGUUGAACGAGCUCAGUCGAGACGGAGGGAGCGCCGAGGGAUAUCCAUGUGAUCUGUCCUGCAAAGAAUCCAUCCAUGAAUUCGCCCAGAUCAUCUCCCGCAAGGAAACCCAUCUGGACAUGCUCAUCUCCAACGCUGGCAUCCGUCGUGACCCCCCCGUGGCCUGCAACGUGUUGACAGCGUCUCUGGCCGAACUACAGGCCUCGAUGUGGUCUUCACGCCCGAGCGACUGGACCGACACGUUCGCUGUCAACACGACAGCUCAUUAUUUCCUCAGCGUCGCGUUGCUGCCUCUCCUGGCGGCGGCGGCGGAGAAAACAACCACCACCACCACCACCACCACCAAGGGCCGUGAUGAAGGCCGUGGAGUGAUUGUCGUGACCAGCUCAUGUGCGAGCAUGCACAAUGUCACAAAUGUUGACCUGACCAGUUAUGCGACCAGCAAGGCCGCCACAGACCAUCUAGUCAGGCUGUUGGCAGCCAAGUACAGUCGGUUUUAUGUUCGAGUGGUGGGAAUCAACCCAGGCUUCGUUCCGAGUAAGAUGAACCCCGUCGGCGCCCAGGGGAAUAUCUUCAGCGCCCUCUUCGAUAAAGUGCCGGCCAGACGGGCAGGGAACGCGGACGACCUCGCCGGGACGGUUCUGUAUCUUGUCAGCAAGGCAGGGGCGUAUGUGGACGGGGUUUCUCUCUGUGUUGAUGGAGGCCGAAUCCUCCUUGCAAACGGACAGGAAUAG